AGAAAAAUUCAUUCAGAAUUUCGAUCUGUUUUUUCCACUGAAAGACAAGCUUUCGCAUGCUUAUCCGAAAUUAUGCGAACUCGUGUGCUUCACUUUUUUGCGGUUUGAAGUUGAACUUAUCGAGAAUUCUUAUCGCAAAACGUUUUUUUUUGUCAUGGUUGAUAAAUUUAUGAAAUUUCAGUAAAAACCAUUAUUCAUCGAGCUGAUUUCAUUCAAAUACGUGAUAAUUUAGUUCGAAAGUACAUCCUAUUUACACAGUUUCGUUGACCAGAACGUCGUCUAAUUUUUAUAAAAAAUGGAGCAAGAAUCGGAACGUUUGAAAGAACCUACUACAGAUACUAUGGUUGUUGUACCUUGGGGUCUUGUUUGUGGUAAAUGGUGGGGCUCGAAAAAACAACGACCUAUCAUUUGUAUCCAUGGUUGGCAGGAUAACGCUGGAACUUUCGACACCCUUAUUCCUCUGUUACCGAAUAAUUUUUCUUACUUUUGUAUCGACUUACCUGGUCACGGUAGAUCAACUCAUUUUCCUGAGGGUAUGCCAUAUUAUUUAAUUUGGGAUGGAGUUAUUUUAUUACGAAGGAUUAUGAAACAAUACGGUUGGAGCAGUAUGUCGAUAAUGGGUCAUUCGUUGGGCGCCUUAAUUGGAUUCAUGUUUGCCUCUGUUUUUCCUGAUGAAACUGAUUUACUAAUAGCCCUGGAUGCGGUAGCUCCAACAUUUGAUUUACGUGGAAAAUAUAGCAGUAUUAGCGAUGUUGCUAGAAACAUCGACAGAUUUUUAUACUAUAACGACGUUAAAAGCAGCAAAGAUCCAGUUGAGAAAUACGAAACUAUGAUCGACAUCACUUAUCAAGGCCAUAAUAACAAACUCAGUAGAAAAUCCUGCGAAAUAUUAAUGAUUCGUGGAAUGACCUCACGCGGUGAUGGAACUUACUCAUUUUCUAGAGAUAAUCGAGUUAAAGUUGGUUGGAUUUCGUAUUUAUCCGGCGACUACGUUAAAAGAUGUGGCCAAAAAAUCAAAUGUCGAUAUUUAAACGUUAAAGCUACACCAGUUGAUGAAGAAAAUUGGCCAGUAUAUAAAGAGAUGUUGGAUAUUAUUGAAACUUCUUCUAGUGAUUUUAAUUUAGUAUUUGUGAAUGGCCCACAUCACGUUCAUUUAAACGAACCAGAAAAGGUCGCUCCUUGCAUCAUUGAAUUUUUAAAACCGAAAGAAUCCGAAGUAAACUCGACCGAUACCUCAAAUUAAUUGAUCGGAUUAACUUUUUUUUUGAACAUUAUGCUUUUCAAAUUUUGAAUGAAGCGUUUCAGUUUGCGUUAAAAAGUUCUAGUCAGCAAGCGACCUCUCAACCGUUAAUGAAAUACGUUGCAUGUAAACAUUGAAUCGAAUUUCAACAUAUUUUUUCUAAUGCCGAAAGUUGGUAAAAUAUACUUAUUUCUACUUUUUCAUCAAUUAAUAAAAAAAAUUUAGAGCUCGAAACGAGGUCAUUUGAAAUGGAAAAAAGUAUCACAGGCAAACAACAAAUUGAAAUACGAACAGUGAAGUCGAACAGCGCUUGUUUAAUUAUCUGCUGUAAAAAACAAAUAUAUCGCUCUUGGUACAAUUAAUCGUUUUGUUUUAUGUUCAAAAAACACUUGUGAAAUAGGUACUGUUUGUUCGUUCCUUCGCGCACUAUGGCAGCACAGCAUACGUUUCGAAAUUACGUAAAACUUUGUCGUUUCCUCCAGCUGAAUAAUUAACGCACGAGUUGUAAAAUUUGGAUUAAUUCGAGGUUUUUCGUUUGGAACAUCAUCUGUAACAUAACGAGUUUCCUUUGAAAAUACUUGUACCAAAUUAUUCAACUUAUAUAUUGUAUUACAAUAAUUAUUGUAAACCAAAGAAUUUGCCGGUAUCUGUGAUACCAUCAUUACUUUGUAAAUGUACCACAUCUAAUGGAUUUUUUUUUUAAAUAUAUUUUUUGGUUAAUUA